UGGGGGAGGGGGUGGCCACAAGAGGUCACCCAUUGGAGGAGGAGGCAAGAGCAAAGCUCCUCUCUGCCCCGCCCUAAGAGUGCCCAUGACACAGCCACAGUCAGCCUGGCCCCGGGCAGCAGGAUGAGAGGGCUCCGAUGGAGGUACACCCAGCUGCCCAGCCAGCCGGAUGACCUACUGCCAGGAGAGGCUGAGGCCGAGGCCGAGGCUGGGGCCCGGACUGUGCCAACUGCCCAGGGACCAGGCAUUGAGGAGGCUUGGGUCCCCACCCUGGCUGAGAGCAAAGUCCUUCACGAAGAGGAAUUCAGGCAGCUCAUCCCACAUUUUCCCCUUCGGUUCACCGGCCACUCCUGGACUCUGGUUUACUGCACUGAACGAGAUGGUUUCAGCUUGAAGAGCCUGUAUCGGAGGAUGGAGGGCCAGAGCUCCCCUGUGCUACUAGUCCUCAGGGACAGGGAUGGCCAGAUAUUUGGUGCCUUCUCCUCAACGGCCAUCCGGGUCAGCAACUGUUUUUACGGCACUGGAGAAACCUUCCUCUUCUCCUUCUCCCCACAGCUGAAGGUAUUCAAAUGGACCGGAAGUAAUACUUUCUUUGUGAAAGGAGACCAGGAUUUGCUGGUAAUGGGAAGUAGCAGUGGCCAGUUUGGGCUGUGGUUGGAUGGGGACCUGAACCAUGGGGGCAGCCGCCCCUGUGCCACCUUCAACAAUGAAGUCCUGGCCAGUCGGGAAGAAUUCUUCAUACAGGAUCUAGAGGCCUGGGCCUUGAGCUGA